UGGGCGGAAAACGGCAGAUGGCUCUUCCUAGUCGGUGGGGUUUAGCGUGUGUACAGUUGCAGCAGCGGCGGCGGGAGCAGAGUCGCGGUUAACCCUGGUUCGGUCGGUCAGUAAAGCGAUGCCGCGCCGCUGUGUUUUUUGACGCCGCCCGGCUCGGCUGUGUUCAUGGUGUGGGAGAGGAGGCCGCCACGCUGCCGCUGCUCUUCUGGUUGUUGUUGUUUUUGUUGCUCCGCUGCUGCGAGUCUCUCCGCCGGCGGCGUCGCCCCUCCGCGCUCUUCGGCCCGCCGCGCCCUUCACUCCGCUCGGUAAAAUGACCGGGGAGAAGAUCCGCUCCCUCCGCAAGGAUCACAACCCGGGCCAGGACGAGGAGGACCUGCUGGAGCCGGACGAGGAGGCAGCCACGGGCACCUUCACCUCCUCCGCCCGGACUGGAGGCAACAACACCGGCGGAGGCGGCGGGGGGAAAGGCAAAGCCAACCGGAUCUUUAGUAACCACAAACUGGUCCGGUCACCGUCCCAGACCCAGCAGCGGGAGUCCCAAAUCAACGCCAACAACCCGGACUCCACCGCGCCGCUCACCGCCGAUAAGAACCGAAACCCGGUGGUUCGCAGCGCUACGGACUUUCCUGUGCACGAGUGCGUGUUUAAAGGAGAUGUGCGGAGAUUAUCGUCUCUCAUUCGGACUCAAAACAUCGCGCAGAAGGACGCGCACGGUAACACUCCUCUUCAUCUGGCUGUAAUGAUGGGCCAUAAAGAAUGUGCCCAUCUCCUGUUGGCCCACAAUGCACCAGUGAAGGUGAAAAAUGCUCAGGGAUGGAGUCCUCUCGCCGAGGCCAUCAGCUACGGAGACCGACAAAUGAUCACAGCACUGUUGCGGAAGCUGAAGCAGCAGUCCAGAGAGAGUGUGGAGGACAAGAGGCCUCGUCUGCUCAAAGCCCUUAAAGAGCUCGGAGAUUUCUAUUUGGAGCUUCAUUGGGAUUUUCAAAGCUGGGUGCCUUUACUAUCUAGAAUUUUGCCCUCUGACGCUUGCAAGAUCUACAAGCAGGGAAUCAACAUCAGGUUGGACACUACUCUCAUCGACUUCACAGAUAUGAAAUGCCAGAGAGGAGACCUGAGCUUCAUCUUCAACGGUGACGCCAUCCCCUCCGAGUCCUUUGUGGUGCUGGACAACGAGCAGAAAGUGUACCAGCGGAUACACCAUGAGGAGUCUGAAAUGGAGACGGAGGAGGAGGUAGACAUUUUGAUGAGCAGCGACAUUUACUCGGCCACCCUCUCCACUAAAUCCAUCACCUUCUCCCGAGCGCAGACCGGCUGGCUCUUCCGCGAGGACAAAACGGAACGAGUAGGGAAUUUCCUGGCUGAUUUCUACAUGGUGAACGGCCUCGUUCUGGAGUCCAGGAAACGGCGGGAGCACUUGAGCGAGGAAGACAUUCUGAGGAAUAAGGCCAUUAUGGAGAGCCUCAGCAAAGGAGGAAACCUCAUAGAGCAGAACUUUGAGCCGGUGAGACGCCAGUCCCUGACCGCUCCCACUCCGAACACUAUUUCCUGGGAGGAAUACAUCACAGCUGAGACGGGGAAAGCCCCUCAUCUGGGAAGAGAGCUUGUGUGCAAAGAGAGCAAGAAGAACUUCAAAGCAACUGUAGCCAUGAGUCAGGACUUCCCUCUGGGCAUUGAGUCGUUAUUAAAUGUUCUGGAAGUGAUCGCACCCUUCAAGCACUUUAAUAAACUCAGAGAAUUUGUUCAGAUGAAACUCCCUCCAGGCUUCCCAGUCAAAUUAGACAUCCCUGUGUUUCCCACCAUCACAGCGACUGUGACGUUUCAGGAGUUCCGCUAUGAUGAAUUUGAGGAUUCCAUUUUCACCAUCCCCAGCGAAUACAAAGAGGAUCCCAGCCGCUUCCCGGACCUCUGAUCCGUCUCCCUCUCUCUGCCUCCUGUCUCACCUUUCUCUCACUCUCUGUAUCUCCUUCCCUUCCAACGUCAAGCCGGAUCAGACUCCUACUCUCUCUCCCUCUCUGUGUGUCUCUGAGGGGAAUGACGGACGUCUCUCUUCAAUAAGCUUCGAUUGGAGAUUCCUGUCCGGGAUCAGGAACAGGAGAGUCGCGCUGGGGUUUGUAAGUGCAGUAAAGAAAUAGACACAUUUAGUAGUACUGUACCUGAUUAUCAGAAUAAAGGGAUCGUGCUGAACUGACGUAACUGACAUAACACUCUGAACAACAAAGCUAUCCGAGGAGCCUUUUCCACAUGGACUGAAUAAAGGCUCUGUGUGAGAGGACAGUGGAAGUAAGGGGCUUGGAGCUUGGAGCCUGAAGGAUCUGGCCAGAGCACCAUCCUAAUGCACUACAUCGUGAAGCACUGUGCGGUGUUCUACACGCUCAGAACAAAAGCAGCAGCAACAACAACGGAGGCUCCAGUGUAGCUCUUUGUACUUAAACACAUGGAUACUGCAUCAGAAACACAAACGCCAUGAUGGUGAAACGACGCAGGAAAUGUGGCAUUACACGUUCUGUAUUUAUGUAAGCCUUGUUUUCAUAUAACUUUGUUAAAAAAAGAAGAAAAAAAACUUGUUACAAAAUCGUACUAUUCACAUAAAGGUAACGGAAUCGAGGUGCGGGGGGACAUCUGAUCGAGGUGUAUAAAUGAUUUGUCACAAAAUAUACUUCUAUGUAUGUUCCUUCUACAGAUAAGAGAAGCCUUUCUUUGUAAAUACCUCUGCUUUCCUGUUGCUUUCUCUUAAGUGAAUUGCCCUAUAUAAGCUCCACCCACAAAUAUUUACACACACAGUUGUAGCAACCGUUGCCAGAUUGGACAAGCUUUAGAUAAAAAUCAUGCAAGCUUAGACAGUUUAUUUAAAGUUUAGAAACUCAAUUUGAUUAAAUGAAACUGACAAAUUCAGGAUACACUUUAUAUCUUAUAAGGGUGCUUCACACAAUUUAAUAUUUUCUCACAUUAUAUGAGUUCUGAUUGGUGCUGGUUGUUUGCAGAUGUUAUUAAUUGGCCUACUUAUUUUUGUUUAAUUUUUUUUUACAGAUAUGUGAAUAGUAAAUCUGUUUAUUUGUGCACCAUAAUAUCAGAAAAUCUGAGUCUUAUAUUUCAGACCAAUAUUGUGUCGCACAAGUUUUUAAUUUUGUUGAAUAUUUCAGAUGUUUUUAAAAUAUGGCAAAAAUGUCAUGGUGCAUAGACCAAUAGAAAUGCUCCAAAAUUAUUUUAUUUACAUUGAUUUCAAUUGCGUCUUUUGUUUUUUUGUUAGUUUUUUUGCUGCAAAGCACAAUUUGUCUUGCUAGUGUAAGAUUUUAAAAUAAAGCUGUUGUUAAAGUGUUAUAUAGCUAGCUUUAAUCAGAAGUCAUUUGGUUUAAUGGGAUUCUUUCAUUGUUUGAGGAACCUUGUCCAAUCCUGCAACCUUGUGUGGGCGGAGCAUAAAUAUAGCAGUUGUCCAUUUUGACACGGGCUGAUUUGGCAACCCAUUCAUCCCAUCCCUUCAUUCAGAAACCUUCUGUUGUUUAUCCCAAUGUUUCAGUGUUUUGUUCCUCUUUUUGUUUUAGUUCUUUCUGUACUUUUUUUUUGUGUGUGUGUGUCCUCGACUUGCAUUGCCUGGGACCACCUGAGUUCCCUGAAGAGCAGCAGCCGUGUUUGGAAGCUCUCUGCAAAGUGUCUGAAGACUGUCGGUACCCUUCUUGUUGCGUAUUUGAACCCAGAAGCGGGCGCUGGUUUGUAAAUGUGAUGUACAGGUUUAGAUGGACUUGAUUUAGAGAUUUUUUUUUGUUUGUUUUGUUUAUUUUGUUUGUUUAUUUGAAAUCUGCGUUGGCUGGAUGGCAGCCUGUCGAUGCACAUAGUAUUUCUCAAUGAUUUAUAUUUUCUUUAUUUCCACCUUGAUAGAUGGAUGUAGAUAUAUACAUAUAUAUAAAUGUGUAAAUAUAAAUAUACACAACACUUUCCAGGUUAGAUGAGAUGACUUGUAUACUGACAGGCGUGUGUUAAAACAGUAGCGUGUAAUAAUGUUUUUAAAGGAAAUGUUGGAAACAUGGCCCAUAUGAUGCAGACGGGAAUUCCGUGACUGGAUUUUGUACGGAUCUGUUUUCCGUGUGCAUCUGUCUGUGGUGGGAAUUGGGGGGUGGGGGGGUAAAAGGAGCUUGGUCAAAUUUGCACCAGCAAACAUCAUGUUUGAAUGAUCCAGAAUAGAACCCUUUUAUUUAUGUAACCCUUGUUCUUUGCUUUGUGUUUGUUUUUUCCUUUUCUUGUUUCAUUUUUAAAAUCUACACUGGAUUUUGGCCUCUAAGCGGUCAGUCAUUUUAUUAUGAUGCUUCCAAGCUGCACUACUGGUUAGUGCAGUAAACUGGUGUACGCUUUGCUUUCCUUUUUUGUAACCAACCAGCUUCAGGUCUUUUGUUUUUUGUUGUGUGACUUUAAUGUUUUUUCCUCUUGUUUUUAGUUAGUUUGCGGAGCAAAUUCUGGGCUUGGUUUUUACCUCAACACAUGGAUAAACCAGUUGUACAGCAAGAACCUUGUAUGCCACACUUUUUUCAUGAGGAAUUGUACUUAAUAAAAUGUCCACGUACCAGA